AUUACUGAAGCCCGUUCAAGAUCUGUCCUUUAUAAAAUGGAAUUGCUUAAACCAGUUGAAGGGUUUCCUCAAAUAUCUUAUCGAUGGACAAAAACAGAACUAGCUUUUGUGCUAACAGCUAUGAAAAAAUAUGGUCAAGACUUUUCCACAAUUGCCAGAACCGUUGGAACUAAAUCAGAAAGUUUCAUACGAGAUUUCUACAAUACAUUUCACGACCGUUUCACAUUGGACAGCAUAAUAAAACCAUGCGCGAAAGCAAAUGACAAGCUCACUGAACCUCCAACCAUAGACCAAAAGCCCAUGUACCAAGAACCCUUGGUUGUUGUCACACAAGAUUUGCCUAAAAAAUUAACGGAUGAAACACCAACCAUACCUGUUGAUGGAAAGAAUGAGCAAGAUUCUGUACAAAUACCUGGAGUACGAGACAUUAAACACCACAAUUUGAAAACUGAGUCAGAUGAACUAGGUCGCUCAACACCACAAACAAUUGAUAAACAUGGAAAAAAGGAAAGUAGCGGCAUACGUUUGUCAUCACGACGGCGUACAGCAUCAUCUAAAUUUGUUACCCCUGAGGUCCUAUCACACAACCGUCAAAACGAAUCACCGCCAAGCUCCCCACCACAAGCUGUCAGCAGAGGCAGGGGAAGAGGACGAGCCAAACGCUUAAGACGCAGCUAGUUUCCAUCGAACUUGAAUAUUUCUUGAUGCAAAUUCUUUUUUCUCCAUGACUUGCCGAAUGUUUUUAACACCUAUAACCGCGUUUACAUGGAAGGUUGAAAACAGCGAACAGUAUUUGUGGUGUCCAUUCUGAUACCUUAUUUACAAAUGUAGUCGAUGUUUCUUUUACUUUGUCACAUACACGGGCUUCAAUAUUUCUUAAAUGAGUACUUUGAUGUAGCAAUAUCUAAAUAUAUGUUAUUAAUAACCAUGUUUUUACUUACACUGGACCAACACUUCAUAUUGAGAUAGUAAACAUUACUACUCGUUACAAGUCCCGAGACUGCUUAAUAUGGAUGCGUAUAUCUAGAUUUCCUAUAGAAAACUUUUAAGAUAAC